AAAAACACUAUGACUAAAUUUCUUAUAACUUGUCUUUCUAGUUUCUUGAUCGUUUUUGGUUUCUUCCCUGCGUUGACUAGGUCAACCAUAUUGCUUCAGGGAUUCAAUUGGGAGUCAAGCAAUAAGCGAGGAGGGUGGUACAACACGCUUCAAAAUGUUGUACCUGACAUAGCAAGUGCUGGUUUUACCCAUGUUUGGCUGCCUCCACCCUCACACUCAGUUUCACCUCAAGGUUAUCUACCGGGAAGGCUGUACGAUCUCGACGCAUCCAAAUACGGAAAUUCAAACGAAUUAAAAGCGUUAAUUCAGUCAUUGCACGACAAAGGAAUCAAAGCAGUGGCAGACAUUGUAAUAAACCACCGAACAGCAGAGAGAAAGGACGGCAGAGGAAUAUACUGCCUUUUCGAAGGCGGGACCCCCGAUGCCCGCCUCGACUGGGGGCCGUCAUUCAUCUGCAAGGACGACACCCAGUAUUCCGACGGCACCGGGAAUCCCGAUUCCGGGGCGGCAUACGACGCCGCCCCCGACAUCGACCACUUAAAUCCGACGGUCCAAAACGAGCUGUCGGAUUGGCUCAACUGGCUAAAGAAAGAGAUCGGAUUCGACGGGUGGAGAUUUGAUUUCGUAAAGGGAUAUUCCCCCCGAAUCACCAAGAUUUACAUGGACAACACUCGACCGGACUUUGCGGUCGGCGAGCUUUGGAAUUCGAUCGAUUACGAUGGGAAUGGGAAGCCGGCGUACAAUCAGGACCGACAUCGGAAUGAGCUGGCCCGGUGGGCCGGGGAUGCCGGUGGGAAUGUAGCGGCUUUUGAUUUCACUACGAAGGGAAUUCUUCAAGCUGCCGUUCAAGGGGAGCUUUGGAGGUUGAGGGAUUCCGGUGGGAAUCCACCUGGAUUGAUCGGAAUCAUGCCCGGGAAUGCUGUUACCUUCAUUGAUAAUCACGACACGGGGUCCACGCAGAAUAUGUGGCCGUUUCCAUCGGAUAAGGUCGUGCAAGGAUAUGCUUAUAUUCUUACACACCCUGGAACCCCGUCGGUGUUUUACGAUCACUUGUUUGAUUGGGGUAAAAAGGACGAGAUAUCGAAGCUGAUUGGAAUCAGGGGUAGGAAUGGAAUUGGAGCGACAAGUAAGGUGGAGAUUUUGGCUGCGGAUGCCGAUCUCUAUGUGGCGAAGAUUGAUAAUAAAGUGAUUACUAAGAUCGGGCCGAAGGCGGAUCUUGGGAAUUUGAUUCCGGCCGAUUUUAAGGUUUCGGCCUCUGGAACUGAUUAUGCUGUUUGGGAGAAACAUUAACACGUGCGAAACAUGUUUGUGUUAAAGCAACAAAAUGUAAUAAACAUGGCGAAGAUAUUGGCUUUGCCUAUAUGUUGCAUUGCAUACUUGUGUAAUUUAUUUGGAUGAAAUAAGAGUUGUUUGAAAAAUAAAAGAUACUUGGCCUAAUUUUAAUGUGAGCUAUACUACAAUCUACAAAUAGUGGCAAA